UUUAAUCUGGCAAGAUGAGUUGUUUACAUACAGCUGACUAGAAAAAAUUUGACAGCUCCCAUCUUUCAAAACAAAAGUUAAAAUAUAGCUGCACGUGUUGUUUUUUUUAUACGCAAAAAUAUUUGUCUGUUUUAAAUAAUUUAACGAUAUAUUAAAUAAAAAAUUAAAAAAUGAGUGACGACGAAUUAAGUGAUGAUAUGCAGGAGUUAAACGAACUUAUUGCUGAAUAUCGCAGCAAAGAGGAGGAAGAUGAGAAAGAAGAACAACAGCAAGUAUCCCCUGAAGAAGACAACACAAAAACCAGUGAACAAGAUGACGUUGACGUUAAAAAUACAGGAGUUCCCAUGGAUAAAGUUAUAUUUGGCGAUAAAACUAAGCUAAUAAAAAAUCUGGAAAAGGCAGUUACAAAAGUUUCCAAACAUAAAGCCACUACGGAAAAAGAACCUGAUAAUGAAGGUAGUGAUGGUGGGGAGAAAAAUGACACAAAUGAAGGUGAUAAAAGAAAAGCCGUUAAACGUAAACCUGUGUGGACAGAUGCGGACGAUGAGGAAAUACAAUUGGGUGAAGUGAAAAAAGAAACAAAACGUACUGGUCCAUUGGAUCAUUUAAAAAUGGAUAAAUCUUACAAAGAACAUUUAACUUCUCGUUUUACCCGCAUUGUCAACCAACCUAAAUGGGCUUCCUUGGAUGAAAAAGAGAAGCAGGACAGUGGCGAUGAAGACGAUAAUUUGUUACGCACUGUUGGUUUUCUGAAUAAACCAGCAGAAAGUGUUUUAACCCCUGGCCAUCUGAAUAUGAAACGAAUGAAAGAUUUAAAUCGUGCCACCUAUGGAGAAGGGGUUAUCACUAGCAUACAAUUUCAUCCCACUAGUACGGCUGCUUUGGUAACGGGUGAUCGUGGUAUAGCCACUAUUUAUGCCAUUGAUGGUACCCAAAACGAUAAACUACACAAUAUACACUUUCCCAACUUUCCCAUACGUUGUGCCAGACUAUUGCCCUGUGGCACUAAGGCCAUUUUUGGUUCAGUUACACGGCAUGCCUACUUGUACGAUUUAAUGAAUGCUAAAGAGACCUGCUUCAGAUGGAGUCAAGAUUUUGGAAAUUUAUGUAAUUUCCAGAUAUCGCCUUGUGGUCGUUAUCUAGUAGCCGCUGGCAUCUGCGGCGAGAUACAUAUUUACGAAGCCAAAACAUUUGAGCUUAUACGCACCUUAAAACAAAAUGACCAAGUAGCAUCGUUGUGCUUCACUGGCGACUCGCAGAGGCUUAUUGUGAGUGGUAAAUCAUCAAAUAUUAAUGUAUUUUCGAUGCGUCAGCAGAGACUUGAACACAAGUUCAUCGACGAUGGCUGUAUAGUGGGCAAUGCUAUGGAUUUGUCUCCCAAUCAAAGACUUUUGGCCACGGGCAGUCGAGAGGGUGUUGUUAAUGUUUAUGAUUUCGACAAGGUAAUGCUAUCGUCAUCACCUCAACCUGUGAAAACCUUUUUGAACUUAACUACAGGCAUUAGUUGUGUGCGCUUUAAUCACUCAUCCGAGCUGUUGGGAUACUGUUCGAGUUACUGUAAAGAUGCCGUGAAAAUAGCUCACUUCCCUUCGGCUACGGUUUUCGCCAAUUUUCCGGGAAAUAUGCCAAAAUUGGAACAUGUUCGCACUUUAGAGUUCUCACCGCAUUCGGCCUAUUUUGCUUUAGGCUCUAAUAAAAAAUGUCCUUUGUAUAGAAUUAAGCAUUUUCAAAAUUAUUAAACAUUUUAUAUUUUUGUAAAUAAAAAAAUUCCUUUUGUAAAAGGAAAACAAAAA